AUGCCUCAAUGCGCAUCUUCGAAAGUUGACGGACGGCCCUGCCACAAGUCGACCUCUUACUCAUCCUCAUCCUCCUCCUCCUCCUCCUCCUCCUCCUCCUCAGCCGACCAAGGGAACUCGAGUUUUUCGGAAUCCUCGAGCAAGGGAUCCAAGAUCCAUACCGAAUCCAUCAACGACGAGCAAACAACAACCAAAGACCCAAAGAACCACCUCAACAUGUCAUCGCUCAAGAGCCUUCUGAACUACCAUACGAAUAUGAUCAGCGACGGCACACGAGCGUCUAGAUAUCCUGGAAAAGUCAUGGUUAUCAAAGCUGUUGGCGACUUGAAAUCUUCCAAACUUCUCAAUAAGCCCGAAGCAGAUGAACCCCCAUCAGCGGCAUCCGCAGAUAGUAGGGCACCACACAGUGUCGCGUCAGCAAUCAAAGUGUCAGGGGCUGUGGGCGCCGCACCAGUCCUGCCGCCGCUUCCCUUCCAGAAAGUGGAAUCUACUAGCGAAUCGCGAAAGGCGGCCGGUUUGAGAGAGAAGGGGAAGGAAAAACCCAAGGUCGGGUGUUCCGGCUCUCCACUUCAGGAAAAGAGGGGAUGGAAAGAAGAUCGUGGUGUAUUCUUCAAGGAUAGAGAUUCUGAUUGCGAGGAGGAUUGA